AUCUUUCAGAAAAAAGAAGAGUUUCAAACAUGUGCAACUUUUUUCUCAAGAAAGUGGAAGCAAACAAAACAGGUUUAAUGGAUAAUCAUGAGUGUGUGUGGUUGAGAGAUAGACAGUAUUUUGGGUAUCAUUUUUUUUUUCUUUUUCUUUUGAUCACCUGCAAAAAAGUGAGGCAAAUAAUUUGCCAUGUGAGAGCACUACACAGCAGCAGGGCAGAGCAGAGGAGGAUCUUUAACAGUGUUAAUGGUGGCUUACAGAAGUGAAUAUAAAAGACAGAGCAUCAAAAGCAGUAUCCACUUUUAGGAUUAUGUGAGAUAUAGAAAAAUUAUCAUGAAUUCUGCUUUAACAUUCUAUAUUGUUCACUUUCACUUUGUUUAGCAGAAUAUUAUCUCAUUAAAAUAAGGAGAAAAAAAAACUGAGUUACCAAAUAUGGAAACAUACCUGUUCUUACCCAAUUGGCCUGUGAUUCUGAGGAUGGAGAAAAACUGUGCUGAUGUGGAACUUCUUGGGAUUCCUGUUGUCAUUCCUUUAUUGUGGCUUUUUUCUGCAAAGAACCCAUUUUGCUGUUCCAAAAUGCAUUUAAGAAAAGGCAAAUAACAGUAACAGUUUUUGAGGCAUAAGCUGCCUUUCCCAACUAAUUGUUCAUGUUCAAAUUGCAUGUUGAAACAAACAAGCCAUGCAGUGUACCUUCUACUUCAAUGGCCAAAUCCUGCUUGUUCAGGCUAUAAAUUCACCAAAUAUCUCAUGCCAUUCAGUGAUCUGUAUUGCAAAAGACAGUUUUUGAGCUUCUUUUUCAUCCCAAAAUGGCUCCUUGGUUUCUUGUUCUUCUCUUCUUAGUUGGGAAAGCUCACGCUACGGCUAUCGACCAGACCGACCUGAAAGCUGCCAUGGAUGACAUGAGAUCGAAAUCUUACAAUGGCUUUGUCAUACUGCUCAAGAUCCUAAAUAGCUCCAAUAAAGCCUUGCAGUACUCGGGUAUGACAUUCUUUAUGCCCACUGAUCAGGAACUAUCUCACGUUGCAAUCUCCCCCGACCGACUUGAAGAAUUCGUUCUUAGCCAUUCUGUCCCCACACCAUUGCUGCUCAACAAUCUUCUACACUUCCCAAACGGGAGCCUGGUUCCAUCGAGCAUCCCAAACAGAAUGAUCAGCAUAACCAACUGCAGAAAGAUGGGUGUCUGUGUGAACAAUGCACGAAUCAUUACCCCGAACGUGUGCUUAAACUCAUCUAUAAGAUGUCAUGGUAUAAGCACAACUAUUGCAUAUGACAGAGUUUCCUAUUCAGACACUUUACCGGCCAAGCAGAGCAUGUUCGAAGCUACAGUUCGGCAGAAUGAAAAGAAAGGAGCAAAAUCUUUACAGUCUGCUGCAAUGAAGAAGACGACCCGUCCACUACACUGAAUCCGUCCACCUCAUGCCCCCGCAGCUUAGUUCAUUCAAAUCAAAUAAAUACCCAGCUUUGUCAGUAAUUCUCCAGAUACAAUAUCCAGUUUUAAGCAACCUUUCUAAUAAUGCAAUAGGCAUAGUAGUUUGCUCUAAUGUUGUUGACUUCAUCGUAUAACAGAAAAAAAUUUAUGCUUU